UUUGCAGCUGACGACCGCGACGACCGGGUAGAAGGCUUAUGCGCAGUGCAGUAUCACAUGUCAAUGCUCGCUGCGCAUGUACUUACCGGUGAAAAAGUCAUGGCAGGUGUUUCGGUUGGUUCUUAUUGUUGACUAUUUCUUAUAUUUAGAUAACAGGUUACUUAGAACUUUCCCGAAGGACAAUGAUAACGCGUAUGUUACAUAAUUUAAAAAACUUAUUUUAAGUAACCGAUUGCCAAAGUCAUUGUAAAUUAUGUCGAACACACGAGAAGCAGAGGUAAGCAUUUGUACAAAUCUUCAAGGAACGCGGAAACGCGUGUGUGAAAGAACAAAAAUAUGAAGAGGCUAUGUUUCAUUACACUCAUGCCAUUAAACUAGACCCACAAAAUUAUUCUUUGUAUAGUAAUCGAUCAUUUGCAUUUUUAAAAUUACAACAAUAUCAUUUUGCAAUGGAAGAUGCAUUAAUGACAAUUCAAUUAAAACCUAAUUGGACCAAGGGUUAUUUUAGAAAGGCUGAAGUAGAGUCACAAACCUUUCGCUUCAGUGAAGCACUUCAAUCUUACAAUAAAGCUUUAUCCUUUCAACCAAAUGAACCAACAAUUUUAGAAGCAAUGAAUAGAGUAACACAAUUAUUAAUUAAAGACAAACGAGCUGAUCAACAAAUACCCUGGCUUGGUGCUGGCGUUGGUAUCAUACUUGGAGUAAUAGUUGUAAUUGCUGAUUAUGUUUUUACAAAUAAACCCACAUUAACGCAUCCUCUUUUGAUGGCCUUAUUAACGAUGUCUAUAGCAAUGCUUGGUUUUGGCAUUGCAAAGGGAUUCCGUUAUUUUGUAAAGUGUCAAAGAAAAUCACUUUUGGAACCUCCAACGGAUCUCUUUGGUGAUAAUAAAGAAGAAUUUGAUGAUGUUGAAACAGAAAUGAAUAACGAGAAGGAAAAACAUUCAAAGUAUAGUAAAGCACAAGCACGACAAAGAUUCAGGAAAGGAAAAUCGUAGUGUGCUUUGAUACUAAUGAUAUUAAUAAUGACUUACAUACAUUUUUAUGUAAAUUUUAAAUUGAUACACUUUUUAGCAUCUCGAGAAUGCACUGAAUGUUUAUGAUCAAUGUUAUUGCAUUGACAGAAGGUGUUAUUGGUACUGUUUACAUUUUAUACUUCAGUUACCGUUAAACAAUUUUAAAGUAUUGAGAACAUGUGCCAGAAUUUCUAUAUUUCCCUAUAUUUUAUGUUUAGAAAUUUUUAUAUAGAGCAACAUUUCCUAAUUAAUAAUUGAGUCCAUCUAUUACAAAUAUAAUAUUUUAAUCCUUUUGAGAUGUAUCACAGGAAAUAAGGCUGCAAUGAUAAUAUAAUUAUUGGUAAGUUAUGUAGUACAAAUAACUCUAAAUUUCAAAUCAUAAGAAGAUCUUUAAUCGUUAUAUAAAUUAUAUUAAUAUUUAAAAAUAUGAAAUGUUUCAAUUUUGAUAAAUAUUGGCGAAAAGUAAUUUAUGCCAUUUAUACUUUGUCAUAGUCAUAUCGUAGAAUCAAAUAAUUACCUUCAUCUAAUUCAUACAACGAAUAUCUUAUUCUUAAUAUAAAGAAUAAUUAUUUACACACAACUUUUUGCACUACUUGUCACAAUAAACGUAAGAAAUAUUCUAACUAAAUAUAAUCGAUCACAUAACAACUGUUUAAUUUCUUGUUUGAUAUAAUAACCAAUGAAAAUUCAGAAUUUCUUAAUAUAUGCAUUUAAUAUACACAUAUACAAUAAACCAUAUUAUUUAAAUUUUAAACAUUAAAUAUAUUGCAUACUAUGUCUCUAUUACAAGUAUGAAUGUGCAUAAGUUAAAACACAAUUAAUAUUAAAUUUUCCAAAUACACUUCUAUAGAAUUGUGUAUAUCUCUUUUAUUUUAAUGAUUUUAGUAAUUCAAUACUGUUGCUAAGUAUCCAAUAAUUUUUGAUAUAGAUAUGACUUAUAGUAAGCUUCAUCUCAUUAAGUUACUUCGUGAGAACUAUUUAUGUGCAUAGAUUAUAUAUAUAGAUAGGAAAACGUGAAUAUUUAAUAGUAACACUUAGAAGCAAAAAUAUUAAAUUCAGGAAUUUCAUGUAAUUAUUUGAUGUGCUUCUAUUAUUCUUUAAAGUCGAUUAGAUUAAAUUAUUGAAAUCUAUCGAAUUUUUUCGCAAACUAAGCUAUUAUGUGACAAUUACACUAUAUUAUAACCCUUUGUAAAUUGACCAUUUUCCCGUACAUCAUUUUAAAAUUAAUCGGCUGAAAUAUGUAUGUAUAUUGUCACUAAUAUCGUAUUUCACCUCCGUAAAAACAUGUAAUUAGCAAUUAUACAUAAUAAUGAUAAUUUUUUAUUUAACCGCAAUACAUAUACUAUACUCAGUUCGCUAGGCAUUAUUAUAUUAUUCUUCCAUUUAAAACCCGUUAUGCGAUGAAUUAUCAUAUUAAUUCCAAUGUAACGAAUCAAUAUCGUAGGAAAUGCAUGGCUGAAUCUCUUGUAAAUUAAUUAUUAACAUUAUUUAUAUAUUAUUCAACUACGAAUAUAAUGAGAAUACAUUUUCGUGUAUAUUAAA